ACUUCUGAGCAAGAUUACAUCUGUGCUCUGCGCUUCCCACUUUCUGUUCAGCUGCGCUAAGGGGAAGGAGUCCUCCAGGAGCGGAAUCCGAUCUUAACCAUCGCUGCUAUUGAUUAUUCCGCUGUUAGAAAGUGGAGGAAUCAGCCCUUUGAUGCAAUCUUGUUUAUCUCUGCAUCUCUUUUGUUAUUUAUAGAGACCUGGAAGAGGAGGGAAAGAGGGCCCGCGACUUUUCAACACAUCAUUUUAAAAAGCCGACAACGAAUCUCUGGAAAUGUCUACUAACAAUUAAAAGGAAAAGGCAUUUUUCACCAGCGAAAUCAGUGGACAAUCGCUUCUUCUCGUUCACAUCCCGAGAUAUUAUCGACCCUCGCUUUGGGCACCGGCGAGAUGACAGCUGCUUUUUCAUUUGUGAAUGUAAGAAACAGUUGCUGCUUUUAACAUUUUCCCAGUAUUUCACCUUUCUGGAAUUUGAAAGAUUGGAGACCAGAUUAUCGAAAAGGCUUUUGCAAGCCUCCAAAAUGAUGCUGAGUCCGGACCAAGCCGCCGACUCGGACCACCCCAGCUCGGCGCACUCGGACCCGGAGUCGCUUGGCGGUGCGGACGCCAAGGUGCUGGGCAGCGUAUCGGAUCUGGAGCCGGUGGAGGAGGUCGAGGGCGAAGGCAAGGGCGGCAGCCGAGCCGCACUCUACCCGCACCCGCAGCAGCUGAGCCGCGAGGAGAAGCGUCGCCGGCGGCGCGCCACGGCCAAGUACCGCUCGGCCCACGCCACCCGCGAGCGCAUCCGCGUGGAGGCCUUCAACCUGGCCUUCGCCGAGCUGCGCAAGCUGCUGCCCACGCUGCCCCCGGACAAGAAGCUCUCCAAGAUAGAGAUCCUGCGUCUGGCCAUCUGCUACAUCUCUUAUCUCAACCACGUCCUGGACGUGUAG